AUGGCUACACAUCAAUUCUCCGCUGCAGAUCCCACUUCCCCAGUGGCGACAGUUGAGACGUCUCAUGAGACCAUGACAGCGCAACAGUCUUCCGCUGGAACCGCCACUCCCCCAGAUCCUUCCGCCAUUCCCUCAGAUCCUUCCGCCAAUCCAGCAGCGCCUUCCGCCACUCCUCCUGAUCCUUCCGCCUCUUCCCCAGCGGCUUCCGCCACUCCCCCAGAUGCUUCCGCCACUCCGUCAGCGCCUUCCGCCACUCCCCCAGCACCUUCCGCGACUCCUCCAGAUCCUUCCGCCACUCCCUCAGAUCCUUCCGCCACUCCCCCAGCGCCUUCCGCCAGUCCCCGAGCGCCGUCUGCUAGUCCUCCAGCGCCUGCUGCGCCGCCGUUGGCGGAGGCAGAGGGAGGAGGGCAGGGUCAGGAUGAGGGGCAGAGUCAGGGGCGAGGGGAGGCGGAGCGGGGCGGAGAGGAGGGGGGAGGAGGAAAAGAGACGCAAUCGGGUGGGGGUCAGGGGCAGGGGCAGAGCGGGGGAGGGGAGGCUGCGGAGAGCUGGUACAAGAUAAAGCGCGUGUCGUUCCUGGGGCGGCAGCAGGUGCCCAUCGUCAUGCAAAACGACAACGGGCCGUGCCCCCUCCUCGGCAUUGCCAACGUGCUGCUGCUCCGCAACGCCAUCUCCCUCCGCCCCAGCGCUACUGAGAUCUCCCAGUCGGACCUGCUGUCACUGGUGGCACACCGGCUGCUGGAUAGCAAUACAGGGAUGGAGGGCCGCUCAGCAGAGUAUAUCACCAACCGGCAGCAGAACGUGGCGGACUGCAUGGCUCUGCUCUUACUGUCCCUCCGCCUCUCACGUUCCUUUUACCUUUCUCAGGGCCGCUCAGCAGAGUAUAUCACCAACCGGCAGCAGAACGUGGCGGACUGCAUGGCUCUGCUGCCGCGCCUUGCCACGGGGAUUGACGUCAACGUGCGCUUCACAGGCAUUCAUGCCUUUGAGUUCACGCCAGAGACAGCAAUCUUUGACCUGCUGGACAUCAGCCUCGUGCAUGGCUGGCUGGUGGACUCGCAGGACUCGGCCACAGCAACAGCGGUGGGGUCCCUCUCCUACAACAGCAUCGUGGAGCGCCUCGUCGCCCGGCAGGCCUCAUAA